AAACAAGAAAAAUACAAAAAGGGUAUAACAAUUGGCGGGGAUGAUGAAAUGGUGAGAAGAAGUUAGAAAUGGUCAGCGUUUGAAUGAUCAGAGAGAAUGAAAGAAACGAUGGAGUACCGGUCGGAAAUUGGAAAGCCGGUGAUAGUUCUGAUAUGCGGGUCCUUAGUGUACUACCACUGCGCCCAUCGCAACUCCAGCCUCGUCUCUCUCGUCUCCGAUGUCCUCAUCGUCCUCCUCUGCUCUCUCGCCAUUCUCGGCCUCCUCUUCCGCCAGAUGAACAUCUCGGUACCUGUGGAUCCACUGGAGUGGCAGAUUUCGCAGGACACUGCAAAUAGCAUUGUCGCAGGGAUAGCUAAUACUGUAGGAGCAGCGGAGUCUGUGUUGAGGGUUGCGGCCACAGGGCAUGACAAGAGGUUGUUUUUCAAGGUAGUGGUUAGUCUUUACGUGCUAUCAGCUUUGGGACGGUUGGUUUCAGGUCUUACAGUUGCCUAUGCUGGAUUAUGCUUAUUUUGCAUUUAUAUGUUUGCGGAGAGCAGUCCGUCUAUCAGUUCAUGUUUGUCUCGUUUUCUGGGGAGAAACAAUGGCCUUACAGCGGAAGAUACAGAAGAGCAGGAAGACACUAUGUAGGCUUUCUCGUAAUCACCGUAUUGUAUACUCUUUGUAUAUUUUUGUGCGGCUGUAAUUUUAGCUCCUGUAGUUACCUAUUGAAAUAUACAUUAUUUUUGGUAGAAUGGACAAUUUAACACUACUAAGAAUUGAAUAAAUGGAUCUAGUGUCCAAUAACAUUUUCAGUAAGAGAUAGUUCAAAGCUUUCGA